GUCAAGUGGAGGGGGAGACUCUUCACUGCAAUUAACUUGUGUUUGGAUUUGUUUCUGAUUGACCGAGUGAGAGCUCACAGUUUCGCGGCUGUCUGCAGACGGUCUGUCGGCUUCAGUUUUGUUUGUCGUACUCGGGAGUACAUCGGACGAUAGAGGUGGCUGCAACCUUUUUUUUUUCUCCGUUUUUCUCACCUGGUUCUCGCCCUCUAUUCUCCUCUUGCUUAGCAGCCUCCAGCUAAUGAGCCGUUUCCCCUGUUUUUCCGGUUGAUUAACGGCCGAGCCCGCCGGUGGAGAGCGGAGGAGAGACUGAAGAAAGAGGAGCAGAGAUUCACAGUGAACUGGACGGAGCAGCGAGGAGGUCGGAGGGUUUUUUUUUUUUCACAAUUAGCGGCAGUAAGUCCGUGUAAUAUCGGCCGAUGGAUUCGUCUCCGUGAUCUGGAGCACCCCCCCCCACCCCCUCCUACAUCCUCACCGUACCCUCAUUUGAUCCCCCCCAAUACCGGGGUUUUGUAGGAAGGAAGCGGUCACAUCCUCCCGGAGAUAACCAUGUUUCCCCAGGGGCGACACCCGACGCCACAUCAGGCUCCAGGCCAGCCCUUCAAGUUCACCAUCCCAGAGUCACUGGACCGCAUCAAGGAGGAGUUCCAGUUUCUUCAGGCACAGUACCACAGUCUCAAGCUGGAGUGUGAGAAGCUGGCCAGUGAAAAGACGGAGAUGCAGAGACACUAUGUCAUGUACUACGAGAUGUCUUAUGGCCUCAACAUCGAAAUGCACAAACAGACCGAGAUUGCCAAGAGACUAAACACCAUCUGUGCACAAGUCAUUCCCUUCCUCUCACAGGAGCAUCAGCAGCAGGUGGUUCAAGCUGUGGAGCGAGCAAAACAGGUGACCAUGGCGGAGCUCAAUGCCGUCAUCGGCGUACGUGGACUGCCAGGGCUUCCACCUACACAGCACCUAUCCCAUAACCACGGUGGUGCUCCUGUGCCUCUCACCCCUCACCCCGCGGGCCUCCACCCCUCUCAGCUGGGCGGUUCAGCGGGUCUCCUGGCUCUGUCAGGAGCACUCGGUGCUAUGCCUCCUCACCUGGCAGGAAAAGAUGGCGGAGAUAAAAAGCCUCACAUGUCCGGACCUGACUCGCACCAUGCAGGACCGGAGCACCUGAGAGAUCGAGAGCCGGGCACUAGUAACUCAUUGCUGCCAGAAAGUCUAAGGAACUCAGAUAAGCGACGAAAUGGACCCGAGUUUCCAAAUGACACCAAGAAACGCAAGGUGGAAGACAAGGACUCCAGCCACUAUGACAGUGACGGGGAGAAAAGUGAUGAUAAUUUAGUGGUGGAUGUCUCAAACGAGGAUCCCGCCUCCCCUCGUGGGACACCGCUCCCCUCCCCUAGAGAAAAUGGCCUGGAUAAAGCACGACUUCUCAAGAAAGACCCCUGCAGUCCUGCCUCUACUGCUUCAUCAGCCAGCUCCUCCUCGCUCAAGUCCAAAGAGAUGUCAAUGCGAGACAAAGCAGGUACACCGGGGCUAAAGUCGAGCACACCGACACCAAGAGGGGACUCCACUCCUGGUCCGAGCUCCACCCCUGGGAUCCGGCCAAAUCUAUCAAAACCCCCCUCCAUGGAGAUACCACAUCCAGCAACUGCAGGGUUGCGGACCCCCCUGGCUGUACCAGGCCCAUACCCGGGUGCGUUUGGUAUGUUGCCCCACGCAGCAGGGAUGAACGGGGAGCUGGCUGGUGCUGCUGGGGCUGCAGCUUAUGCUGCUGGGCUGCACAACAUGUCACCUCAGAUGAGUGCUGCUGCUGCAGCUGCUGUAGCUGCUUAUGGCCGUUCACCGAUGGUUGGUUUUGAUCCUCAUCCUCACAUGAGAGUUCCUGGAAUGCCUCCCAGUCUGACAGGGAUCCCUGGCGGCAAACCUGCUUACUCCUUUCACGUGGCGGCAGACGGACAGAUGCAGCCAGUUCCGUUCCCCCCCGACGCUUUGGUGGGCCCGGGGAUUCCUCGCCACGCCCGCCAGAUCAACACGCUGAACCACGGAGAGGUCGUGUGCGCGGUUACCAUCAGCAACCCCACCCGACACGUUUACACUGGAGGGAAGGGAUGUGUUAAGGUGUGGGACAUAAGUCACCCAGGAAACAAGAGCCCGGUGUCGCAGCUCGACUGUCUGAACCGAGACAACUACAUCCGCUCCUGUCGACUACUUCCCGAUGGCCGGACGCUGAUUGUCGGCGGUGAGGCCAGCACGCUGUCAAUCUGGGAUCUGGCGACGCCCACUCCCAGGAUUAAGGCAGAGUUAACAUCUUCGGCACCGGCAUGUUACGCUCUGGCCAUCAGCCCGGACUCCAAGGUGUGCUUCUCCUGCUGCAGUGAUGGAAACAUCGCAGUUUGGGAUUUACACAACCAGACACUCGUGAGGCAGUUCCAGGGACACACAGACGGAGCCAGCUGUAUUGACAUCUCCAACGAUGGCACCAAGCUGUGGACCGGAGGCCUCGAUAACACGGUCCGCUCCUGGGAUCUGAGAGAGGGGCGACAGCUGCAGCAGCAUGACUUCACAUCCCAGAUCUUCUCCCUCGGCUACUGUCCGACAGGAGAGUGGCUCGCCGUGGGAAUGGAGAGCAGCAACGUCGAGGUCCUUCACGUCACCAAGCCAGACAAAUACCAGCUUCAUCUGCACGAGAGCUGCGUACUCUCCCUGCAGUUUGCGUACUGUGGCAAAUGGUUUGUGAGCACAGGAAAGGACAACCUACUGAAUGCAUGGAGGACACCGUAUGGAGCCAGCAUAUUCCAGUCGAAAGAAUCAUCCUCGGUGCUGAGCUGUGACAUAUCUGUGGACGACAAGUACAUUGUCACCGGUUCAGGGGACAAAAAGGCCACAGUCUAUGAGGUCAUCUACUAGAAAUAUGGGACGAAAGCGUAGACACACUUUCCAACACACUUGACAUAUUUCAAGAAACAUUCACGUGGAGCCGGAAAGUGCAGACAAAGAGGGACCUUGGUGGCGCUGUGUUUUCUGUCACAUCUGCGGCAGAGACAAAGGAAGGAGACAAACGGUGCACAUGCAGACAUCUGCUCUGCCUGCAUACGCUGCGACGUGUCAGUGAGGAACUAAUACCAGCUGGAUGUUAAUGAAAGAAGAGGAGCUGUUUGGAUUUUUGUGUCUCUCCUGAUUUCUGCUACAAACUGCUCUGGGAUCAGUUACAGGGACCCAGCAAUGACUGAACCAAAGGGGGCGCUGUGCUAUUUAGACUGGGACUAGCUCUGCUGGACAUCAGAAUUUAAAACACUCUCGACCUGCCGAGAACGAACACUCAAACAAGGUGGUUGAGUAUGUGGACAAAUGGCCGCCAGAAACCGUGCGUAAAGAUUGAGACGGAGGGAGAACAAGAAGCGUUACAGACUGCAGAACAUGUGGGUUUGUAUUCUGUUCCUGACAGAUAAAGCCCACACAGCCCGUCGAUCUCUCAGCUCUGACUCUGACCUCAGAACCUCAGCUUGCUAUUCUGAUACGCCUACACUGUCUGAAAAAAAAAAAAAAAAAAAAAAGUACCUUUUGCUGUCUUAACAGUGAGUCUUAUCCUCAACAUCUGCACUGUAGUGGUCGCCGCCCACCUACACGCUCAGCAAACACACACAGCAACGUCACAGCAGCUGAAAACAUUCUGGAGGCCAUGUUCAAUGUGACGGGUUUGUUUGACCCUGAUCGUGAAGAAAAGUAUGUUUUCAUGAUUCUUCAUCGACGUACCUCGAUAAAAACAUUUAGCAUACCAAACCAAAUAAGCUCCAGAGCAGGAGCAAAUUAUUGCUUAAGAUGCCGUUACAGAAGUCUUAAGUCUGAUUCUGGUUUAGAGACAUCAUUAGUGGAAACCUGACGGAAGUGAAAGUGUUUGUAAGUGAAUGAAUAGAUAUUCUCCUCUCCUAGCGUACCUGCUUCUACUCCAAAAACAAACGUAAGCCGUCAUGCAGAAGUUCCUCUGAACUUAUUUGUCUCCACAUUGUGUGGUAACAUGUACCAGUGACCGAGCCCCAUCUUUCUCUCUCAAACUAUCACUGAAAUGACAUUUCAGAGACUGUCGAGAAAACGUUAAAAGCUUCAAAUUUAAAAAAAAAAGCUUAUUGGAGUCUAGCCAUGGCCAAUGCUUGUGUUGUUAUUUAGCUUCUGGUCUAUUUCAAUACAAAUUCCCUGGAUGAGGUCAUAACAGUUGAAAUGAAUGGCCUGGGAUUAUCUUCCUCUUACUAAUUUUAAAAAUAAAUAAAGGUUUCUAUCUUAAGCGUUUCAUUUUCACUCUGACCCUGCCUACGUCAUGUCUUACUGUUCAGACGGUCGUUCAUCCUUCGUUAAAAGAGACCCAUCUGUCCCUCCACAAAGACCCACCCGAUGAGUAAAUUAACUUCAACAAGACGAAGUCGACAAACUCGAUCUUAUUGCCUUUCUUUUCACUUCCACGUGUUUCUGCUGUUAUUCUUGAAUGUGGAGCAUUUGUGACAUUGCCUUUUUUAAAAGUAACGACUGUGUUAUGUUGUCUUUCACUUCACAGACAAAAUUUCAGACGACGAGAAGUUACAUAUUUUUUAUUUUGUGAGGAUAGUUUUCUAGAGAAGGGUAUUAAAGAUGCUGCCGUGUUUCAGCUUCAGGAAGGAUUCAGUCCGUUUCAGCCAUUUGAAACUCCUUCAUUUCAAGACAUCGUGCUUCAUUUUUUAAAAAUCUGUCUGUUGAAUGUUUGUAAAAAUGUAUAUAUGUUGUUUUUUUUUUUCUUACAGGACAUGCUUUAGAAUUAACUGUUUUUGUACGUCUUUUACAUGAAAAAGAAACGUCUAAUCAGGAGAAAUACUAAAUGGUCUUAAUGCUAGCUAAUCUGAAAUGAUUAAAAUAUCUAGACAAUAAAUGUGGUUUGUUUUUUUGU